AGUCGAGUCUAACGGCUGUUGGUAAAUGUACAUAUGAUAAAGCGCAUUACCUCAACAUUGAUAGCAUAUGUGUGAUAUGUGGUGAUGUGCAUUCGUAUAUCUAAUUUGAGUUUAAGUAGAAUUAAGCGCAUGCGUGUAUGGACGCGGGUAGCAAAAUUUAAGCACAAAUGCCUGAAUCAUAUGGGUCCAAGUUAAAUUAAUCUAGCUAGUUGGCCAGGUUGUAGAAUAGCACACUGGCGAAAGUUCUAUGGACUUGACAGUAUUUGUGAUCAAAUUUCCAGGAAAAUUUACGAUUUCGCGAGUUAUAUAGAAAUAAAUUAAUUCGUUAUGUUUGAGAACGCUGGUGAGAGUAGAAUACCGGUUUCGCGAGCUGUGCGACCGUCUUUUUUGUCUAAAUCCAAGAUAGUUACACCAUCAAAAUAUAAUUCAAGUGUUAAUGCAAAUGUUGCCCAUCCAAGGCACUCCAUACUGCCAGGAAGUUUGUCUACUGCUGAAUCUGAAUGUAAUCUCAAUACACCUCGACUAUGGUCCAUGAAUGCCCUAUUUGCUUCUAUUCCAUCAGAAGCUGGCAAGUAUUCAGAAGAAACGUUCAAGUAUCCAGAUGUAUGGAAUCAGAAAGAUAUUGAUAAACAACAUGAUUUAUCAUUAAGGAAAGAAGAGAAACUCAUAAACAAAUUGUAUGGACAGAGUAUGAUAGAGGACGUUGGUAGUAGCUGCUUGAUAGACUUGUCAUUAAGUAGUACGAGUGAAACUACAGGAUCGAAUUCUUUAAAUACAACGCAGUUUUUAGUACUGAAUAAGCAAAAUUCGUUCGAGCAUGACGAAAGCUUGGGGAUACUUACACCGGACCAAAUGACAGACUUUACCGUAGCACUCGGUUGCUCCCGAACACCAUCUUAUGAAAAUCUUACUGGAUCUCGUUUUGCCGCUACGACAUCAUCUUCAUCACGAGCAUCACGUCCGACAGAUGUUCCGUUUGUAGUGAAUGUUGAUGUACCAGGUGAUUUUUGUGAAAGAACUCCAUCUUUAGAAGAAUUACCACUUGAUCCAAAGCCACUUGAUUCUAAAUCGUCAGCUGAUCACACAGUUAAUCAAGCAGCAGUGACGAUAACAACUACAGCAGCAGCCUCAAGCACCGCAACGUCUACGGCAUCUUUGCCGAUGAGUUUCGUUACUUCUGUAACUAGUAUAACAAGUCUUGAAGCAGGUUAUCAAGGUGACGGAGAAAAUUCAAGACCAGCAAGUCGUGGUCCUGAUUUACCAUUAGCUCUUGCUGCUAAUUUACCUGUAAACUUGCCAGCAUCUUGUCGGUUACAAGAUCCAAUGACUGAUUCUGAUUUUUUUACUGAAAGUGAUGCUGAUGCUCAUGAAGACAUUGGUAGAGGUGAUCGUAAAGCUCAAGUAAUAGACGGUACUCUUUUCUGUGCACCGGUUGGUCGCAGAUGUCCCAGCUUCGCAGGCGAAGAAAUGGACUCAAGCGGAAUUUAUUCAGAUCUUGAUAAGAGACAAGAUGAACUUUAUAAUCAUGAAGAACCACUUAGUGAAGAUCAAACAGCUGAUACAGCUGAUACUGGUGAUACUCAAGUAUCACCAAAAUGUCGAGUAUCACCAACUCUUAAGCCUGAAGUACCUCAAAUUAUCAUGAAUUAUUUACAGGUAUCCAAUCAAUUAGAGAAUUCAGUUGAAGCAUCUCCAGAAAAAAAUGAUGUUACUGUUAUACAUGUUUCUUCAGCUGACAGUACUAUUCGAUCGAGUAAUAAAUUAUUGAAUAAAGUCGACCCAGUGGGCUUGAAAAAAUAUAAAAUGCCGAAGAAAAAUGUAGCGUCAAAAAUUAAGGCAAUGAUUGAAUCUAAUGGUAAAGAGGAAGUUAAGGAACAACGACGAGCUUCGAGGUCACCACGGAAGAAUGGUCGAUGGGACGCGGUCAUGAGUAAGAUCGAGGCAGGAAAGACUGAACAGAGAUCGAGGCCGCCGCGUAAGGAAGUCAAAUCUAGGCUUCUACAGAGUCUCGCACCAACUUCCUCCUCUUCUUCCUCAUCUACUUCUUCAUCGUCAGCUGUGACAGUAGCUUCCGCUAAACGUUUGACUGGCGAUGCGAAUAAUAAUAGCAAUGCUAAUAAAGACAAAAGGAGAACAAGAGCUCGUCAAGGAGUUACUUCCCCGACCCAAGAAACUGCCCGUAGUUCAGUGCGUAGUUCAAUGAGUGAUUUAAGCAGUGCUCCAAGCAAGGGCACCACCAGUUCCAAACGAUCACCUGCUACUGGAAAUCAACAACGAAGGGUAGUCAAUGGCCGUGGCAGCUUAAAGUUACAUGCCACCAACAAUGAUCCAAAGAAAGCUUGUACACUUGAUUUGUCACCGCUUAAUCUUGACAAGAGCCCAACACCAAUUCGGAAGGCUCCAUCAACAAGACGAGCGAUGACCCUAAAUACAGUGAAUAACAGUGAAAAAUUACAGAAUGGUUCUACGUUGAACACGAAAGAUCGUGCAACUAAAGAUAUAAAUACAAGUACUGUUAUUUCAACAAGGAUUACAACAGAGACUCAAGACCAUGGUACUCAAACUGAUAUUAAUGAUGAAUCUCACCAAAUUCAAUUAAAACGCGCCAAUAAUACGAUUGAAGCGCUAUGUCUUACCGUUCAGUAUUCAACAAACGAGCUUGAAAAUCAUAACAAGCAGGCACAAGUACAAUUCCAGGAGUUGAAAGAAACCCAUGGGAUAUUAGAGGAAACAUUAGAAAAGGAGCGACAAGAUCAUGAAAAAGCACUAGAUAAAUUACGUGCUCAAUUAAAAGCUGAUCACACUAAGCACAUAAAUGAUCUACAAGAUGAGAAAGAAAAAUUUGAAAUACGACUUAAAUCAUCGCUGGACGAAAUUAAGAAUAAGUACAAACAAAUAAUAGAAAGGCUUAAGUCAGAGCAUGAAUUUGAAAUUGAAGCUAAAGAGAAACUUUGGAGAAGUAAACAAGCAGCUUUAGAAUCUCAAAAUUCGCAGGAUGAGCUUGAUACUAUUAAAAAUGAAUAUGACUCUUUAAAAAUGUGUUUAAAACCCGUUAUGAAAUUUAAAAAUCGGGUGAUUUUAAAAUUAAGACAGGAAAAUGAUGAGUUGAAACAAAAAAUUGAUACAACGAAGGACUUGCAGAAAAAGAUUAAUAGCUUAGAAGAUCAACUGAAGAAAGAAGCAGAAUCUAAAAAGAUUAUUUCUGAAUAUCUACCAAAUGAAAAAAUGGACUGUUCGUUGAGUAAUGAUCAAGUAGCAACACUUCGUGCUGAAAUCUGGAGUCUUAGGUCUGUUCUCGAGUUACGGAGUCAAGAAAACGCAUCAAUGAGAAGUGAAAAUGAAAUUCUACGAAGAGAUGUGGAAGGCAAAGAAACUCUUGAACAACGAGUUGAGACGUUAGAAGCUAGAUGUGAAGAUCUUAAAGCUCAAUUACAGGGCAAAGAAUCUUAUGAAAGACAAUUAUCUCAUCAGAAUGAAAUUCUUCUGGGUUCAUUCCACGAAAUUUCCAAGCAAAAUAAGCGGUUAAUGCAAAGAAAUGAAGAACUUCAAUGGAGACUCAGACAGAAGAGUGAAGUAGUGAGUGUUCUAGCUAAUCAAUUAGCUACACCAACUCCAAGGCUAUCAAGAUCUCUUGGCCCAGAACACAUUGAACAUUCUAUUACUGCUGAUAAAAACUCAACACCAACAUCAAGCUCAAUGAUUAAAUUUAUGGUGCAUAAAGGAGACUCUGUAUCUUGGACACUUGAAAUUGAUGAAUCUUGUGAUCCUUUACCAAAUCAUGAUGCUAGGCCAGCAGUAUCUCGUCAAAAUUCACUUAGACGAUCAACGAGGAAACCAAUUGAUACCAGAGCGCGAUCUAAAAGUAUUUCUACAUCGGAUGUUCCUUCUUCUGAUGGAGAUUGGUCACCAGGAUUUAAUUCCACACCUAUGUGUUCAAGGAGAAGGCCUGGAAGUGAUCCUUCACCAAAUGCUCUCGUCGUUCCAACUUCACCAAAUGUCUCAAACGCUGAAGUUAACACAGGCCCUAGACCACAAGAAGCAGGAGGUGAAGCUAUGAUUUCCGAAGAAGCAUCUGCUACGAGCAGUGAAGAUGAAUCAUCAGCUGGUAGUGAUAUCCCAAGACUAUCACUAGGCUAUGAUUGGAACCAUUCUGUGGAGUAACAUAAAUUCUCUUCUUAUGUGCACUGUUCUUCUUCCACUAAAUAUUUAACUGAAAUAGAUUCUUUUUAAUUUUAUUGAUUAAUUACUUGUGAUCUUUAAUUUGAUUCUUAAUAAACCCAAAUGCAAGUGUAUAUUUGAUACAAAUAUUUUCACAGGUUUUGCAUUUUUUUUCUUUGAAAAAAUGGAAAUUUAUUUUUUUAUCGGGUGUGUAAAUAUGCGCUAACAAUGAACAAGUUUCGUUGACUCUAUUUUACCUGUAAAUAUCACGUAAUAAGUUUUAUCUGUUAGUAUUAAUUAAAUUUAUAAUUAUGUCAUUUUUUAAUGUAACAUUUAAAUCAUCUAAAAAUAGUUAUAUCUCAUGGAAUUUCGUAGCUUAUGCUCUAAAAAUGAUAAUCACAAAAUUAUAAAUAAUUGUAUCAACUUUUAAGUUUUAUUGAUAAAUAAUGUGUGUAUAUCAGAGGUUAAAUAAAGAACGACUAUAAUUAUAAUAUAUGAUUUUUUUUAUACGUGAUAAUGAAUUAUAGAUUUACUGUUAUAAUUGUGUGAUCGCUGUCUCUUUUGGUUGCUACGAUAUAUAAACGAAUAAGCAAUGUCACAAAUGUCUCCAAAAUAUUCCUAUUUUUUGACUUUUUCGUUUCUCCGAAAAAGUCAUAUUCUAUUUAAAAAUUCUAUUCUAAAAUAUUUUAAUCUGCGAUAUUUAAACUUGAAAAUUUUUUUUCUCAGACAUCCACUCAAAGUUAAAGUUUGCUCCCUGUUUUCAGGACGGAAAGCGACAUAUUCUAUCACAUACAGAAAGACUGAAAGAGGUCAAAUUAUCAUACUUUGCUCCCCCAGUUAAUAAUCUACUGAUUGUUCUUAAAAUGGUUUAAUUUGGUAGCAAUUUUUCUUUCUUAUUUUUUCCCCAUUUGUUACAAACAAUUCAAAAUCAUUUCUUUCCAUUAUUAUAUGGUAAAUUAUGUUGACGAAAUCGUUUGGUUCCAAAUCUUUUUAUAUUUAAAAAGUUUUUAUCAAUAAUAAAUCAUGGUAAAAAAAAUAUUAUUAGAAUGUAAUCGAUUUAGAGAUGAAGAUUUUGAAGUCAAAAUAUUUUUAAGAUUAAAUAUUGCUGAGUAAAAUUUGUUUGGAGAAGGCAAAAAGUUGAUAAAUAGAAACAUUUUGGGGAUAUUUAUCGCGCUGCCAACGAAUUAUAUCUCCCAAUAGAUCGAGUAAUUAAAUCAAUUAUAACAAAAAUAAACAAAUAAAUCAAACAAAAGUAUUAUUCACAAAAAAAAGCAAACAUGACUCAGUACUGUGCUGUAUAAUAAUCUAUUAAUUUAAAAAUUAUUUUAUAAAAAUUAAUUUAAACAUGAUUGAUUCUUAUGAACACAGUACUGAUUAUUAUCUAUCACAGCAACCAUAAAAUUUUUCCACAGUAACUAGUACUGUGCUCACGAGAGUCGUCCAUGUUUAUAUUUAUUUUCAUGAGAAUAAUUGUUAAAUUGAUGAAAGAUUGUCUUGUAGCACACUACUUAGUCAUAUUUUUUUUCAUGUAUCUAUAUAUCAUAACAAAGUGCGUUUUUUUGUAUAUGUUGAAACGAAAUAAAUGUAAUAUAACCACAACUUGCAUA